CGCGGCAGAGACGUCACCGGCGCCCUUCAGAGCGGACGAAAGAUGGCGUCAGCUACCCGGCUCAUCCAGUGGCUGCGGAACUUUGCAUCCGGGCGAGACUUGCAGGCGAAGCUGCAGCUGCGCUACCAGGAGAUCUCCAAGCGAACUCAGCCUCCUCCCAAGCUCCCCGUGGGCCCCAGCCACAAGCUCUCCAACAAUUACUACUGUACUCGAGACGGCCGCCGGGAAGCUGCGCCGCCCUCCAUCAUCAUGUCCUCGCAGAAGGUGCUGGUGUCAGGCAAGCCAGCAGAGAGCCCGGCUGCGGCAGCCACUGAGAAGAAGGCGGUGACGCCGGCUCCUCCCAUCAAGAGGUGGGAGCUCUCCCGUGACCAGCCUUACCUGUGACUGUGCCCUGGGACACCUGGCCGGGCCCUCAGUGCCACCGGGGUGCUUCCCCUCCUUGGAUUCCCUUUGGGGAGACUGACCUAAUUUAUGCCGAUUAUAUGGAGCUGCAGUAUGGC